AUGUCGUCGCAAAGCAAUACAAACUCAUUACCGGAGACGACAACGGCAAAGUCGCCGGCCGCGCCCACGUCGGAUCAGGACUUCUACACCUGGUCCACCUUUUUCAACAUUCUGACUGGAGGCGCAACGCCGCAAGAAAGAGAGGCCUACUUCGACAUCAAAGACACAAUCAACGAAGACCGCGACAUCGCUCGCGCAGAAAAGGAUCGCAAAUGGUUACUGGAAUAUUCGCCUAUAGUACGCUUUAUGCGCCACAACAUCAACCUGCUGGGCCAUGACUUGAAUGAGACAAAUAUGCGUGUUAAGCGCUGCACUACACAACAGAGCGGUGGCUUUGACCCUGACUAUGGCAUCUUGUUGUGCGCCAAUAAGUUCAGGAACAGAGGUCACAUGGAAGACACCAUGGCACACGAAAUGGUCCACGCGUACGAUCAUUUGAGGUUCAAGCUGGAUCCUCUGGACCUCAGACAUGCCGCUUGUAUGGAGAUCCGCGCAUCCACCUUGUCUGGAGAAUGCCGCUUCGGUCGCGAGUUCUUUACUCGUGGACAGUGGAACAUCACACAACAGCUUCAAGAGUGCGUACGAAGGAGAGCCACCUUGUCAGUGGCCAACAGACCAAGCUGCAAGGACAACGCACACGCUGCUCGAGUUGUCGAUGAGGUCUGGGACAGCUGUUUCAACGAUACCCGACCCUUUGACGAGAUCUACAAGUAA